GUCCUACAUGUUUUUGCCAUGUCAGUGGAAUAUGGCACUUCCCUGCAGUCAUUGUUGCAUUUACUUCCCUUUAACAGUAUAGACUACAAACCAUUGUUGCAUUUACUUCCCUUUAACAGUAUAGACUGCAAACCACUGUACCACUGUGUAUUGUCUCCAAAUACAAGUCUUUCCUUGCCAGCCCCUUCAGUUGCUCGGGAAUGUUGGUAGUUAGUUGUUUUGCAAAAGCUUCUGCUGCCUCACAGGAUGGACGUUUCAACCUCACUCAAACAAAUGGGACACUUUAUCCUCUACAUGUUGUUCUACACGUUUCUUCACUUGUGCUAUGUUCUUAGUGGCAAGGAUUUAAGAUUCAGGCCCUGUAGCUGCUGUGAGGCCUUCGUGGUAUUGGUAACAAGCCAAAACUGUUUAUAUUGUUAUGAAACGUUUUGCUAAAGUUUUUUUUUUUGGGGGGGGGGGCUUGAUUUUAUUAAGCUAUAUGUUCGUGGAAAUGUCCUAUAUAUUCCCAAAUUUUAGCCCCGCCUCAUGAUUUUGUUGUAGGGACGAUGAAUGUAUUUGCAUUCCAUUGUCUCAUGGUUAAAAGACCAGGGGAUAGAAAAUUCUCCGAUAUUUAUUCAGGUGGUAACAAACAUGUAAAAUGUGUAAUUUCCAAUAGCCAGUCAUCAUAUAGGAAAGAAUAGGCACUUCACAGUCGGCAAAUUGUUGCCAAACUGUCACAGGGCCCGACUUCUUGAGAAGAAUCUUGAGAAGAAGGGAAAUGGAAUUCGCGCCGGCUCUUUCUAUGACGCUUGGGGAUCUCGUGUCAGCCAAUCAGAUUGUCGGGAAUGCCAGCAGUUUUCCGUACGUACGCUUGGAUAGUACGUACGACGGGGUGAGGGAGGGCAGACUGGAGAAGGCAGGGAAAGAGAAGGAGUGUUCUGGAAGUCAGUCCCGAUCCUCCCCAUUUACACGCCCAGUUUUCCCUGUGCACGGAUUGACAGAGAACCCCUGAGACGGCAAAGUGCCCGCCAGGGAAAUGACAGAGCAGCUUCGCGCUUGACACUCCUCGCUGUGAGUUUCGGUGUUACCUUGGUGAAUGCUGCCCGGUUGGAGCGGCUGAUAAUGCUGAAGAUGAAGCUAGUGUUACCCCUGAAGAAGAGCAAACACAAGGCGUCUGAUGAAGAGGAGGAGGAUGAAGCAGAACGGGCAGCCAUGUGCGACACUCCCCGCGACUGGGCAGCGCCUGACGGCCCCUUGCAUAGGGAAACGGUGUACCAUUGGUUCGUGAAGUCUUUGGGCCCGGCCAACCGGCUGGAAUUCGCCUACGGGCUGCUGGACCUGUGUAACCCACUCGAGCUGCGCUUCCUCGGCUCGUGCUUGGAGGACCUGGCCAGGAAGGACUGUCAUUACCUCCGGGAGUGUGAGAAUAAGGCUAAUGGACUGGCCGGGGAGCCGCUGCUGGGGGACUUGGGCGAGCCCAUCUCCCGCGCCAAACUCAUCAUCUACUUGGCACUACUCAACUCUGGCAGCCGGGAGGUGGCCAGUCGUUUGUACCGCCUGCUCUUGCCUGAAGUGGGAAUCGAGAGGGUGCUGGGAGGCCGGGAGGAGCAGGAGGAGGAGGACAGCGCGGAGGGAGCGGCGGCCCGUGAGGAACUGCUGCUUCUAUUCACCAUGGCCUCUCUUCAUCCUGCCUUCACUUUCCACCAGCGGGUCACUCUUCGGGAACGCCUGGACCGGCUCCGGGAGGCCAUGGGCAGGAAAAGUCGGGCUGAGGGCAGUGUCAAUGAAUUUUUGCCAAAUAGUGAGAACCAUGUAUCGCCAAGUGAUUCUCUCUGUCACAAUGGAAUCAACGCAACUCGCAAACUGCAGCAUGAAGCUGUACAUAUUGAGAAAAUUACCUUUAAAGGUGCACAGAGAAAAAGGGCUGACAAAAAUCUGGAAUACACAUUUAAGGUUACUUGGUCAGAUCAGUCUGUAACAUUUGUGACCAAGUCACACCAUGAGCUGCUGGAAUUCUUUUUAAUGCUUCCAAAUGAACUGUCAAGGGAAGCAUUUGAUGAGACAAUUCUGAGAGCACUAAAUCAGGGUUCCCAAAAGAGGGAAGAUCGUCGACAUACAGACCUGGAGCCUAUAAUAAGGCAAAUAUUUGCAUCGCCCUCCCAUGCACUCUUACAAAACCAGAAGGUUUAUACGUUUUUUCAUUCACUUCCUAUGGAAUCAAGUCUGUCGCACAGUAAUGUACAGGCUACUCAGAAAACCUGCAAAACACAAGAGAUUUUGAAGGAAGACAGUUCUGAGGCUUCCAGCCAGGAAGAAGAAAUGCAGCAGCACUUGACAAUCUACAAGAAACCUUCUGGAAAAUGUCCAGUUGUUAACACUACUACUAUUAAAAGUUCCCCUACUGAUGGCCUUCACAUACAGUCUUGUAGGCAGAAUGGUGAAAAAGAUUGGAAGAAUACAGCCUUCCCCAAAUCUUCAAAUUCAGGACACUGCAUAAACUUGGAGCAUGUUCGUACAGUAGAUAAUUGGAAUAUACGGAUGAAUAGUCGGGAGAAAACACUGUCUCAAAGAUUUAAUGCAGACAAAAUAGAUGGGCGAUCAAUUAGCAGAACCAAUGGAGUAAAAAUUGUGCAGAAUCUUAGGACAACUGUAGGUAAUGAGCCAACACUGGAGGUUGGGUCUGGGCAUGACACAUGUGGAGAAACCUCUUCGGAGAGUUACAGUUCCCCUUCUAGCCCCCGCCAUGACAGGAGAGAAAGCUUUGAAAGUGAAGACGAGAAAGAAGGAGAUACAGACAGUAAUUCAGACGAAUCAUCAAAAAAUGGUUCCCGCUUCCUAACCAUUGGUACGGUAACUGCACCCACUUCCAAGUGUGUUUCUCUUGGAAAUGAUAAAGCCCACGUGAACAAUAAUAUGCAACUUCCCAAGUAUUCACACAUUCCUUUUCUGGCUCCUAUGCAUUGUGUGAUUUCUAAUGGCUCAGAAAAAUUUGAUCCUGUACUGAUUAGCUCUGGUACUGUGUCUUCUGUACGAGAACCAUUUUCCCAGGCCCCAAUUGGAAUGAGCCCAAAACCUGUUGCCUCGGCCACUGGAGAACCAGAAAAACAUGUAGAGAUACUGGCUUCUCUUCCACUUCCAUCCACCUUCCUUCCGCGGAAUUGUCAGCCCAGUAACCAUGCAUUACAUUUGCCAGUUUCGAAACUGAAAAUAUCUUCUCCUCAGGGACCUGCAGAGACCUGUACUAAAAAUUGUUCUGCACAGAAUGGCUUGGCUCUGGGCAUGGCAAGUGGAUUUAUUUCAGGUCACCAUUCAAUGGGUUUUUCAUCAUCUCCCUCUGCAGUAGCAGACCCCAUUUCUAAACAGCUUUCACAAGUCGUAGGCCUUAAUCAGGCAGUGCCUCAUUAUGAUGGAGGGGCCAUGCCUCCACCAACAAACCUAAAACUAGUUCUCCCAGGCACUAACUUGUCUCCUGCACCUUCUGCAGUCCCUAACCCAUUGCCUGGGGCUUCACUUGCAUCUGCCGUGUUACCUAAGGUAAAUACAAAUUUCCUUAAUGCUGCUGCCACCACUGCUUCGUGUCAGCCAGCAAAUGCUGGUAUUGGUCAAGCUGCCAUUCCGCCUGCUGUUCCUACCCACACACCCGGACCAGCACCAAGUCCAAGUCCUGCUUUGACCCACAGCACUGCACAGAGUGAUAGCACUUCCUUUAUCAGUGUAUCAGUUAAUAAUACCAGCACAAAUGGAACACUUCUGACCCCCCAUCCAGUGGGACCAGGGGCAUGUGGUUCUUGUGGGCGAAGAUGCAGUUGUGGGAACAAUGGUGGAGCACCAGUGAGUUACAUAUAUGCCAACACAAUCCCUGGACCUGUGUAUAGAGGUCCUCCAUUCUUGACUUUUGUCAAUGGUACCUACCUCAACCAAGCACAUCAGAGUAAUGGAGCACAGCUUCCUUUCUACCUUACUCCAUUCCCUAAUGGACUUAUGCAUGACCCUCUGCUUGGGGGACAAACCAGCUAUGGUAUGCAGCAGAUGCCAGGCUAUGGGAGGUUCUUUCCAGGGUACCAAACCCCAGUGGUAGCCGGUGCCAAUGGAUCAGGGCCCAAGAAAAGCGCCGGCGUCUCAUGCUAUAAUUGUGGGUUAGCUGGGCACUAUGCAAAUGACUGUAAGCAACCACAUAUGGAGGCCAAUCAGCAAGGUAAUCGUGAUAACUCCCAGAGGACUUGUUUCUAAAUGUCUUGUCUCUUUCUCUUUACACAUGGUGACUGUGGUUUAGUUGUAUGACUGUGUGUUUUUUUUUUUUUUUUCUUGAUUUUCUGUCUACAGAGGUACUAAAUGUUGUGCUGGGGUUUAGUCACCAUUCCAUUCUGCUAGUUUUAAUGGAUCUUGCAACAUUUCCCCAAAAAUAACAAUUAAAA